AUGCAUGAGCUGUUUGGGAGCACCAAAAUACCAUCGGAUAUAAAGAAGUUCUUCAACGGCGACUCGCGUUAUUAUGGAAUGAGAUGAUGCCUAAUCUAAAUUUUUUAUCUUCAGGUUCAGCACAGUAGAGUUCAGCGCCAGGAGGAAUAACAUUUUGAGGUAAAAAAACAACACUCAGUAGAAGAAGUCUCAUGGAUGGUUACUUACUUCGAACCAUGACAGGGGUGCACACAUGACAAGAAGAUAAACGAGGAAACGAAUUGUUCGACGCUCAUCUAAGCCUAUGUGGAAGCGAGAAAAAUGCUGCGGGAAAAUGGUUGGAUCCUCUUGUUUCCGAAGGAGAAUCUUCAACAAAUGAUAACCGACGAGGGGGAGAGGGACCGCCUCAAAGAACUUCCUUUACGUUCUCGAAGAUAAUCAGUCACCUUCUACCUUCUACUCAACUCUACUUGUCUGCAAAUAGAAAAGUGGCGUUUGCCUUGGUGGGUUGAUAGAGUAAUGUCUCUCAAAAGCAUCCUCUUUUUGGUAGGUCUUCACCGCACGAGAGACAUGAUGGCAGGCUCUGGUGUGUCGAGAGUGGAUAAUCUGAGGUGAGUGCCGCGUGGAUCCGCCAUAGUAUGUUUGCCCUCAGAGUAAAUCCGAGAAACUUAAAAGAAUCGACUUCAUUUCUUCGGCUCUGCUAAAAUCGACAGCAGCACCUUUAUCUAUGGAUAGUACUAUUGUUGAUUUAUGCUGCGCACGAUCCUGAUCAUUAAGAAGACUACUAGACAAGAGGGUAGAUGAAGUAGGCAAGGAGAGCGCUAAUAUGAACGAGAAUGUGCGGAUACCACGAUAUCACUGGCGGUCAGCCCGAACUGCAUUGGUUAGGGACUGAGAAUACUGAUAAAAACUCAUCACCUCCGUAAGUUCGACUUGUUUUCUCAACUUCUUUUUACUUUCUUUACGGUCCGAGAUUGAGAUACUUAGACUAGGAGUUGCAGCACUAGGCUUGCAGCACUAGACUCUGUCGCGCGGCUAGUUUAGUUAGUGUAAUGGAAGUAAAACCUCUAGUGUUCGACUGUCAGACUAUUUGGACAAUGGGUGAAGACGAUUCCCUCAUGCUUACAGGAGUCGAUUUUUUAACAUCAAAUGUCAAAGUCGGGGCACUCCUGCCGGCACUGCGAGCUCAGUCAUUACCUGCUUGUCUUGCUCAGGCUAGAGAGGUUAGUGUAGUGUCUGACCAUACUCCUAACCGUAACGGUUCGACCUGUACUGCUAGCGUCUUGACUUAGUCACGUACCCUCUCAGAACUUAUCUCUACGGAUGUUAGGAACGGCAUUAUCAGGGAUACACACAUGCAUGGGUGAAGACGUGAACGACGAAGGCCCGCGCUGGGUACAUGCAGAAUUUUAGACCGUCAUGGUUUAGGCAUAAACUUGCUGUGCCAUUCUUGGCCGCGUUUAUUCCUAGACUGACACUGAGCGGCCCGGCGAUAGAGAGAAACGCGGCGACAGGAAUAGGCGCCGGCCCAUGUCCUGAAAUUCGUGCGCAGUUUUGCUUGUUCCGUGUGUUUGUUCUCAUCCUGAGAAAGGUUGCCGAGGUCGUGCCCUCGCCCAUCGUUCUGCUGCCAGUUUACGGCGAAGCCCGUGAAAUGGUUCGAAGUCCGAAAACAAAGAUGCGCACCGCGCCCGCGCAGUUUAGCUCCUAACGCUGUGCGGCGUUCGCGCUUCUGCUGCGCGUUUUGGGUGUCGCUCGUUGAGGGCGGCAAGAUGACAGACCGCGGCGCGGCUCGGUAUUAGAAUGGUGCCUGCGUUGCGUUCACCUUGCUCGUGGUGUGGGCUUGUGGCUUACGGGAGGGCUGUCGACGAGAGGGCUCCCGGCGGUCUGUUGCUCGGUGUGUUCCUUCUCCGGUGUCCCGCGCAGUCUCCACGGGUGAGUCGGUUGCUUCAGCAGUUUUUUCGGCAGUCUUGUGCGGUCGGUCUCGCUUGUUUGUUGGGUGGGUUCUCGGGGUCUUGUGCUUGAAUUGUUAUACUAACUCAAUCGACCGCCCCCCGCCCCCCGAAAUUCUUAAGGCACUGAAAACCCUGGCGAGCGGAGUAGCAUAACGGGAGCCUUCGGCUGUCUGGUCGGUUUUUCGUGCAGAUUGGCGAGGGCCUUGCUGCGGUAUAUAGAUGCACCCGCUUGGGCUCUUCAGCUUGGCCGCGGUUUCCCCGCACUGACUGCGCCCUCGCGUGGUAGUUUCCUUUCGGUUGCAGCGCUUCACCUCCCAGAUGCCUGCCAUGCGUAAGAGGCUUCAAACCGCAAAAGCCGGCGUGCUUUGGCGUUCUUCUGUCGUCAGAUUCGCCGUCGCCUUCUAUUGCGUGCGCCCCUCAAUGAAUGGCGUCAGCCUCUCACUCUGUCAGUUUUUCCUCUGUUCUGUUUCUUCGGUCUACCUAGGUAUAAACGGCGCUCCGAAAAUGGUGCUUGUGGUUGUGUUGUCUCCAGGGAUGAUAUUUGAAGUGUUUAAUUGAGUUGCGCAGUUUUUCGCCUUGGCUUGCUCUUGUGUAACGGUUCGAAAAAGGUUGGCUUCGCAGGUGUAUAUCGUAGUGCUGCCGCCUAUCCUUCUGAUACAUCAUCAUCAUCAUCAUAGUCGUCAACUCAAGACCAAAGAUUGACUUACUAAUAUAGCCACUUCGUAUUCGGGUUGUUCUAAAUUGGAAUGAUCUUGAUCGUUUGGAGGACCUUCUGGAGUUUGGCGUUGACGAACUCAUUCGCAGAGUCAUCAAGUCGCUGUCGGAGAUGCAAAAGUGGUCUUGGAACCAUUAAGGCCAGUGAAACAUUAUCGGGCUUAGGCUAACUAUGCUGAGUGGGUUCUCGUUCGAAGUCCAGGAGAACAAUCAGAUCUACUGGAAAGGAGUGAUAAGUGAACAGGCCAACGCCUGAACCACUGAGCCAACUUCGCAGUCGGUUCAGUGGUUUAGGAGUUGGCCCGUUAACUUAUCAAGGGGCAGAAGCACUCUACUCGAGAAGAGAUAAUGAUUGACUGACGUUAAAACGAGAGAACGGGAAUCUGGGAGAAAUUUCCGAAGAACGGGAAGCCUGCGAAGACCGUUACGGCCUCUUCUAGGAGGAAUCUAGGUAUUAGUGUAGGAGCUUGGUGAGAUUCCUAGUCCUAAUUCAUCUUAUUAUGGUCUCGAGGGAGUGCAAUUAUUAAGCAGUAAGUGUAAGACAAGGUUUCUGCGAUCUAAAACUAAAACCCUCCUUAUUAGGGCACAACUGGGCCCGUGGUCAAACCUUGCAAAAUGUAAGACUGAAUUCCGUGAAGAAUGGUGAGACCUGGAGACGAUCAUUUGGGAGAAUGUUAAGAAGCUCUAAGAUUAAGCAAGCCAGGAGGAGUGUGGUAAACGAUCUACGCAGAGUUGCGGCGGGGCUUUAUUCCAGGCGAAAACCGGGCGAAUGGAUGGUGGUUUUAAGGGGGGGUAUCUAUUAAGUUUGAUUUUUUUUAACUCACACCCAUGACGUCCAUCCUGUGAAGCUAGGCGUUGAGAAAGUUGCAGCUGCUUCAUAGUUCUUACAAUAUAGUAUCUAUAUCUAGUACUUCUUCUUCUUGUGCGCAGAGCAGGUUGGGAUAGGCAUAGUUUUGAUGUGGUGGCAUCGCCUCAAGAUUACAUUUUACGACCAUAUAUAUAAUACUUUACGUACUACCUGCUUAUAAUUGACAUCUACUGCAGCAGAUGGAGUAGAACAAGACUCCACAUUAGGGGCAAUCAAUGUUCGAAAGACAAAUGGCGAAGGCUCUAACCAAAAAGUUGAGAGAUGAUGUAGCUGUAGGCCAGGGGUGGCGCAACAGAAACGCAUGCAUCGAAAACUUAAGGAAAAAUGAUUUCAUCUACAAAAGCUAGAUUUUGGACUGCGUGUGUGUAACUUCUCACGAAUAAAAUAGCACUUAGUGUUUCAUUAUGAAAAACAUCAACCAGUACCGAGUCCAAAGACGAUAUUGUAUCUAACUGCAAAGAUGAGUUUUGAUAUAAGCAUUAUGGGGCUGCACUGCGCGUAAUGAAUAAAGGGUGUCUCAUCUAAACAAGCCGCCAAGAGUCGCAGAUUCUCUGCAAAAGAGCAUAUUUUAUAUGCAGAACCUAGUAACGUAUACGACGCUCGAGGAGUUUUUCUUCGUCCGCAGGGAAUUAGAGCAGUGGUUAUCCAAAGACUUCCUGGUAAUUAAGGCAAAGAGAAAACAGAUAGUACAAGUACAUGAUUAGUACAGGUACAUGAUUAGUACGUGCUGUUCAAGAUGUUCAACAUCAAUGUUCAGAUAGACCAAGCAAAUAGACAAGCAAUUAUACCCCAUGGCCAUGAAUGGGUACACUACUUCUACCUCUAGAUGUUACUGAUAGCACAUGAUCACCUGCUGUUCAACGCAAAUGUUCUUGGAUGAUUAGGUUCAAUGCAGGAGAUCACGAGGUUCAAUGAAGGAAGGGCUAUUCAAUAAUGGAAGAGCAAGUAUUUCUCGCACAUCACGUGACAAUUUAUUAUCUCCACCUACGUUCGAUCUUUUCGGUUUCUGGUUCUUCUACAGCCCCGGGCGCUUGUGUCCUCGUAGAUAAGUCCAGUCGUCUUUUCCUAUCCAAGUGCACAAUUAUCGCGUUUUCUUCAAAGUCUAUCUUGUUUUUGUAGUACUGAAAUCUGUCACUAUAUUUAUAAUUUCUCAUACCAAACUGUAGGUCAACAUCAAAAUGUUGUCUCGCGAUCCACAAGAGCUGCGCAUUGUCAUAGAAGAAACGUAGAAUACCGGGUUAGGUCUUUUUUACGUAGUAUGCUGUUUUUUAAGUAGUAUGCUGGAAAUGCUUAAAUCUUCGUUCAGGAUGCUGAAGCAACUUGUCGUACCCUAUCGAUCCUAUCCUAUCCUCCGGUGACAAAACUGUUCUCACUUGUUCCCUUUUACAAUCUAGUUGGGCUCUUCCCCGUGCUAAUAUGCCGGUCCGUAAAGAGGACUACCAGACAUGGCGCAAGUUGAACCACCUGAUCGAGGACAAAACCGAGUUACGGCUAAAUUUCGUUGUGACGAGUAAAUACAUCAUCAAUGAAUCAAAAGUAAACCUUAUUAAUAGCUACGUACAUAAGAGGCACCUUGGCAUGACAUGAUAGGUGACUCGGCUAACGCCUACACCACUAAGUAUCACAAUCAUCUCGAUAGACGAUUCGUUUGUCUUUCUUCCCAUUAGGGGAAAUGAGCUCAGAAGGAUGCGCUAGCAAGCCUAGAUCUAAUGAAGCAGGCCAUUAAGUACAAGGAGAGUACGGAGUACAAAGCAAAGAAGCAGGGAUUAAAGUACGAAGUGCAGGAGCUGAAAUUGUUACGGCGAGUAUCAAAAAUCAAAAUUUCACCGCUAUAAGGGCUAAAUGUAUGAACAGAGGGUAUCGUAUGUAUUUAUAGGAGUAGACGUGUGGCCGUGUGCGUGCGGUCUUCUGCUUACUUAUUUGGCUAGCAUGAAUGUUUGCACUGUUCUUUCUGUUUCAAAGCUUAUUUGGGU